CCCUGGGAGUAAACGUCUUACUCCUUUCUUGCAGCAUGUCUUAACGUGAGAUUCCAUCUGAACUGGUCUAGCCGUUGCACUGAGAUCCAACAACUGUGCUCAAUGGCGCCCCCUGCCUGUGCUGUAGAGAAGAGGGAAGGAAGUGUCCGCCCUCUCCUUGUCUUCAGGGAGGACUAAGCCUGAUGGGGAAAGGAUCCUGUACUGUCAGCAUCAACAAGGCCAUUAAUACACAGGUAGUGGCCGUCAAGGAAAAACACGCCAGAACGUGCAUACUGGGCACCCACCACGAGAAGGGAGCGCAGACCUUUUGGUCUGUUGUCAACCGGCUGCCGCUGUCCAGCAACGCAGUGCUCUGCUGGAAGUUCUGCCACGUGUUCCACAAACUCCUCCGGGAUGGACACCCAAACGUUCUCAAGGACUCUCUGAGAUACAAAAGCGAACUGAGCGACAUGAGCCGGAUGUGGGGCCACCUGAGUGAAGGGUAUGGGCAGCUUUGCAGCAUCUACCUCAAACUGCUGAGAACGAAGAUGGAGUACCACACCAAAAACCCCAGGUUCCCAGGCAACCUUCACAUGAGUGACCGGCAGCUAGAGGAGGCUGGAGAGAGUGACGUCAAUAACUUUUUCCAGCUGACAGUGGAAAUGUUCGACUACCUGGAGUGUGAACUUAACCUCUUCCAAACUGUGUUCAACUCCCUGGACAUGUCGCGCUCCGUGUCGGUGACCACAGCCGGGCAGUGCCGCCUCGCCCCGCUCAUCCAGGUCAUCUUGGAUUGCAGCCACCUUUAUGAUUACGCUGUCAAGCUUCUCUUCAAGCUCCACUCCUGUCUCCCAGCCGACACCCUGCAAGGCCACCGGGACCGCUUCCUGGAGCAGUUCACAAAGUUGAAAGAUUUCUUCUACCGCUCCAGCAACUUGCAGUACUUCAAGCGGCUCAUUCAGAUCCCUCAACUGCCAGAGAACCCACCCAAUUUCCUGCGAGCCUCCGCCCUGUCAGAACACGUCAGCCCCGUGGUGGUGAUCCCAGCCGAGGCGUCGUCCCCCGACAGCGAGCCGGUCUUAGAGAAGGAUGACCUCAUAGGGAUGGACGCCUCCCAGCAGCAGAAUUCAUUCGACAGCAAGUUUGAUGACAUCUUUGGCAGCUCCUCCAGCAGCGACCCCUUCAAUUUCAACAGUCAGAAUGGCGUGAACAAGGACGAGAAGGAUCAGUUAAUUGAUCAGCUGUUUGGAGAGACCAGAGAACUGAAAGCACAGCUGGAAAACAUGAAGACUGAGAGCCAGCGGGCCGUGCUGCAGCUCAAGGGCCGCACCAGCGAGCUGGAGGCUGAGUUGGCCGAGCAGCAGCACCUGCGGCAGCAGGCGGCCGACGAGAGCGAGUUCCUCCGGGCCGAGCUGGACGAGCUCAAGAAGAAGCGCGAGGACACGGAGAAGGCUCAGCGGAGCCUGACGGAGAUUGAGAGGAAAGCCCAGGCCAAUGAGCAGCGCUACAGCAAGCUCAAGGAGAAGUACAACGAGCUGGUGCAGAACCACGCCGACCUGCUGCGGAAGAAUGCGGAGGUGACCAAACAGGUGUCGGUGGCCAGACAAGCCCAGGUGGAUUUGGAACGGGAGAAAAAAGAGCUGGAGGAUUCUUUUCAGCGCAUCAGUGACCAGACCCAGCGGAAGACUCAAGAACAGACAGAAGUACUAGAGAAUUUGAAGCAAGAACUUGCCAUCAGCAAACAGGAACUCCAGAUUGUCCAAGGCAGCCUGGAAAAUUCUGCCCAGUCGGAGGCAAAGUGGACCGCCCGGAUCACAGAGCUGGAGAAGGACCGGGACAGCCUGAUGAGCGCCAUGGCUUGUAGGGAGGAGGAGCUGUCCGCUCUUCGGAAGCAGCUGGAGUACACACAGCUCAAACUGUCCAGCGCACAGGACUCUAUAUGCCAGCUUGAGAAGGACCAACACAAGAUGCUUCUGGCCGAGGCGAGGAGGGCUGCAGAGCAGGUGGUGCAGGAGGCCCUGAGGCUGUUUGAGGAGCCCACUCUCUCGAGCUGCGCUGGAUCUGCAGAUCACCUGCUGUCCAAGGUCAACUCCACUUCCAGCUGCAUUGAGCAGCUGGAAAAAUGCUGGAGCCAGUACCUGGCAUGCCCAGAAGAUAUCAGUGGGCUCCUCCACUCGGUAACACUCCUGGCCCACCUGACCAGUGACACCAUCGUUCACGGCAGUGCCACCUGCCUUAGAGCCCCGCCGGAGUCGGCCGACUCUCUGAUCGAGGCCUGUAAGCAGUACGGCAAGGAGACCCUCACCUAUCUGUCUUUCCUGGAGGAAGAAAGAAUCUUUGAGAAUGCCGACAGCACAGCCAUGAGAAGCUGCCUCACCAGGAUCAUGGCCAUUAGUGAAGAUCUCCUGCCCAGAGGCCUGGACAUCAAACAGGAGGAACUGGGGGACCUAGUGGACAAGGAGAUGGCUGCUACUUCUGCAGCCAUUGAAGCUGCUACGGCCAGAAUAGAGGAGAUGCUCAGCAAAUCCCGAGCUGGAGACACAGGAGUCAAAUUGGAGGUGAACGAAAGAAUCCUUGGUUCCUGUACCGGCCUAAUGCAGGCCAUUCAGAUCCUGGUCCUGGCUUCGAAGGAGCUGCAGAGAGAGAUAGUGGAGAGUGGCCGGGGUACAGCAUCCCCUAAAGAAUUUUAUGCCAAGAAUUCUCGAUGGACGGAAGGACUUAUCUCAGCCGCCAAAGCUGUGGGCUGGGGAGCCACUGUCUUGGUAGACGCAGCUGAUACGGUGGUGCAAGGCCGAGGGAAGUUCGAGGAGCUCAUGGUGUGUUCACGUGAAAUUGCUGCUAGCACCGCCCAGCUUGUAGCCGCCUCCAAGGUGAAAGCUGAUAAGAACAGCCCAAACCUGGCUCAGCUGCUGCAGGCUUCUCGGGCCGUAAACCAGGCCACCGCCGAGGUUGUGGCCUCAACUAUUUCUGGCAAAUCACAGAUCGAGGACACAGACAGCAUGGACUUCUCAAGCAUUACGCUGACCCAGAUCAAACGGCAGGAGAUGGAUUCCCAGGUUAGGGUGCUGGAGCUGGAAAAUGAGCUGCAGAAGGAGCGUCAGAAACUAGGAGAGCUUCGGAAAAAGCACUACGAGCUGGCUGGGGUCGCCGAGGGCUGGGAGGAAGGAACCGAAGCACCACCAUCUACACUGCAAGAAGCGAAAACCGAAAAGGAAUAGAGUCACACCGAUGCCCCGCGUGUCAGAGUUCUUUUCCGUUUCAUCAUUUGCACAAACUUGUGAGCACCGGAGGGCUGAUGGAUUCCAAACCGGGACCCGACCCUGAGUCUGCGCAGAGUCGGAAGUGGAGCAGAAGUGUCCUGGCAGAGAAUGCCAAGGCUGUGUCCCUUCUUUUGGCAGUUCCAUGGAUUCCCACUGCUUCUUAUGGUGGUUGGCUGGGUUGUUUUUUUCUUUUCUCCCCCCAAGUUCUACUCACAUAGCCAACUUUCCCAGGGGAUCGCCCCUGAAGCCCUGGGCUAUCGCAGGCCCCCUAACCACAGCAGCUCACAGCGACGGUGCUGACCAGGCUUCGCCGUGGUGCUCCCCGCCAGCCCCCGAGCCGAGUGUCCUGCUGAGAGAGUGUGGGUCCACCGAGGCCACUCCCCGGGGUCGAGCGGAAGGAGAGCGAGUGCCUUGCCUUCUAAAGCUGGAGCCCAGCAGAAAGCCUCUGCCCACCUUCACAAGGGAAGGGGAUGACAGAGAGAGGGAGAGGAAGGAUGCCCACAGCCCAGGUCUUCAGGAGUCCCGCCCAUCUUAGAAACUCCCUGUGACUGGGCUGAAAAACCUUAACCCCAUGCUUGAACCCAGCCGGUGAGAGUUGCCACAUUUCCUGGCCCCCCGCCCCCAAAGGAAUGUUCCAUGGUCCCUCAAGUUGGCACCUCCCUUCAGACACAGGCAGGGCCCUAAGGGGGGAACAUGUGAGGGGUUUCCAAUCCCUUUCUGCCUUGGCAUCCUCUUGAAUCUCAAGGAGAUAGUUCCAUGUUCUACCUAAUCAAUAGACCCAGAAGAUCAGGCCAGCUCCCAACAGGAAAGAACCCUGGGCUUGCUUUGGUACCUUGAAUAUUUAUGACUAACCUCCAUUAGCAGCAGCAGCAGCAAUCACAACCUACAAAAAAAUGCUGGCAGCAACUGAGAUUUCAGGUGUGACUAUGGCAAAGCGUGCAUCGCUGCCCUGGGACAUCUGUCUUUAAGGGGCAGAAGCAAGGUCAAGAUCUGGUCUGUUACCAGUUUGGAUCUCGAAGCAAGAAAGUUCUCAGAGAAUCUGGGUCAGGGAAAACCAGAGGGGGGAGGGGACCCCUGGCUCUGACGCCUUCCAACCACAGGUCCCGGGCCCUCGCUGCCUUGCAGACAGAAUGAAGGAGGAGGAUGAAUGAGAAGGAGGAGUGUGAACAGUGUCCUGGAGACGGGCAGCUCGCCAGCACUUCUUCACCUCCAGAUGGACCCCGGCAUUUAAGUGACCUUCCCAUCUUGGACAGACGAUGUCUUCCUUCCUUAAUCUGUAGCAGCUCAUAGAUUGUAGCCAACAAGCACGUCCCAGGACCUGUCCCCAAGGACCGUAGCUGAGUGCGGCUACGUGACAGGUUGUGAGACCCCUGUUUGAUCACUGUGAAUCCACUCUCCUUCCUCCCCACCCACCACCAACUCCCCCUCUCUGCGUUUUCUCAGGCACUCGAAGAGCUGCCUCCCAUUAGCUCAGAUUAUGAGACUCAGAUGUGUGCUCUCCAAACUGGGCUGAAGAGGCAGCAGCCGUAGAGACUGACCGGUCUUACGUUGACUGCUUCUUUGUGCUCAGCUAUGGAUAUUUUUCCAUCCAAGGCUCAGAUGGAAUCAUGUGUAUGUAGCAUCCUUGGCCCCGCUGUACCAGUUAAGCUGAUGGGGGUGUUCUCAGCGUGGGUCAGCAUUUCCAAAGGUGGCUGGUCCUUGCUUCCAGCAUCCCAGCCAUUCAGAUGAUUGUGCUUCAGAUUACCAGGGGGGAGAAAAUCUAGUGUAUUGAGCCAAAUUAGGCUUCUCUAAAUGACCCUCCCUCUAAAAAGAAGCCACAGUAAUUUUUAAAACUUGCAUGAGCUUUUCCAGAGUAAUAAAACAAUUAUGGAAUUACUUAAACAGGAACACAGGCUAGUUCAGUCUCCCAUGAAGAAAUAUAUGUCAGAAUUGGUAUAAUUACUUUCAUAAUGACUUAGAAGCUAGCCCGUUCUCCAGCCAAAAUCAAAAUGUCGUACUUUGGCUGUUCUAAAAACGAGCGUGUUAUUCUGGGUGUGAAACACCUUGAUUAAACCAUUAAUCACAUCCUAGGGCUAAAAAUGAACCUCACAGUCUCUUAGUCACUGAGUAUCAUUCGUGACUGGAGUCUCAUGGGUCAGUAUAAGUGGGUCACAGCAAGGCAGGACAACAACAAAGAAAUGGCAUAGGGCUGACAAGAGGUCGAAAUAGAGCUAUAUCCAUUAUCUUAAUUGUGUAACACUGUGUCUCUCAUCUCUAGAGUUAGGAUAUGAGUGUACCUGAUAAGGAAAAAAAAAAUCAGAAGACCCGCUUUUGCGGGGUUAAAUCUGUACCUGAGCACGGAGUUUAAGUGAGACUCAAAUUUAGAUUGUUCGCUAAUUCUGCUGCGCACGGGAGGAUCCCUGGGAUCCCACCUGAUUUUGAGUCCCUAACCCAGUGGCUGGAAGAACCAUUGCCCAGAGCAUCCUUUCUUGGAAGUGUCUGAGCUGCCAAGGCGGACAACAGGCUUUACACCGGGUACCAUGGGGGUCACAAGCACGUGUCAGUCCGGUUGAUUUGCUUCUGCCUCCUGCUAAGGAGCUGGUUCUGAGCUCGCACCUGGCUGGUGCCUGCUUCUUGGCCAGCUCCUUAGUCUAGCAGGGUCUCCUGGCUCCACUUACCUUGGUCUUUAAUGAGUGGUGAAGUUUCUUGCUACCUUCUACCACCUUUCCACGUCUCUGGAAAUCCUUCCCACCAAUGAAAGCCUUCGGUCCUGGCAUUGGCCUUCCACCUAGACCGGCUUUGCCCUCUCUCUGCCAUCCUCAGUCCUCCAGAGACCACACUGCCUGUCACAAAGAAAACCGCCACCUCGGGCCUGCCAGCCGUCAACUCAGCAAACCGGGCCAGCUGCCUGCUGCUCACGACUCCCAGGUCCAGACCAAACAGGAUCAACAGCCCAUAGGGGUGACUCAGUCUCUUACCCCAGGAGCCAUAGCAACACGAGACAGUUGGUCAAGCAUCAUUGGGUCCGAUUCUGAGAGUAGGUUUCGUCUUUCAGGUGACCCUCGACUACCUCAGGUUUGAAGGCCCUAAAUUAAGCUGAUUGCUACUCAUGGGGACAGACCAAGGAGGGUUCAGAGAAAUCCUGGUGAUAACGCACUUGUCUCAAACUUGCAACAAACUCUUCCACGUUUCGGUUUGCAGGGGUGGGGUUGGGUUUGUUUUUCUUCUGUUUUUAACCUUUUUCCCCCAGUUUUCCAUUAGACUAGUUCCUACAAAUGAAUUUCAUUUUUCACUGAGUGCCUACCUUCCCAGGGCAGGUAGCCACUGGCUUUGUUUCCUUCCAGCAGUACUUUUAUUAUGGGUAUUAAGACUUUUCUUUGUAUAAUACAUUGCAUCUGUGUUUUCAAUUUUUCAAUAAAUACUUCAACCUGGCAA